CGUCGGGCGGGAGGGGCUGAUGGCGGCCAUCGGUGUUCAUUUAGGCUGCACCUCUGCCUGUGCCGCCGUGUACAAGGAUGGCCGAGCCGAUGUGGUGGCAAACGACGCCGGGGACAGGGUGACUCCUGCGGUCGUCGCUUUCUCGGAAAACGAGGAGGUUGUUGGCCUGGCUGCAAAGCAAAGUAGAAUAAGAAAUAUUUCAAACACUGUGGUGAAAGUAAAGCAGAUCCUUGGGCGAAGCUCUGGUGACCCACAGGCACAGAAGUUUAUUGCAGAAAGCAAAUGUUCAGUAACUGAGAAGAAUGGAAAAUUUCAAUUUGAAAUAGACAAUAAACUUAUUAACCCAGAAGAUGUGGCAAAAUUGAUUUUCAGUAAAAUGAAAGAAACUGCUCAGUCUGCAUUGGGCUCAGAUGUAAAUGAUGUUGUUAUCACUGUACCAUUUGAUUUUGAAGAGAAUCAGAAGAAUGCCCUCGGGGAAGCAGCUGCAGCUGCUGGUUUUAAUGUUAUGAGAUUAAUUCAUGAACCCUCUGCAGCUCUCCUGGCUUAUGGAAUUGGCCAAGAUUCACCCACUGGGAAAAGCAAUGUGUUGGUUUAUAAACUUGGUGGAACAUCACUUUCUAUCACAGUCAUAGAAGUAAACAGUGGAAUAUAUCGUGUGCUUGCCACAAACACAGAUGACAGCAUUGGUGGAGUUUGUUUCACAGAGGCUCUAGCACAACACUUAGCUUCUGAAUUUCAGAGGUCUUGUAAACAUGAUAUCAGAGGGAAUCCCAGAGCCAUGAUGAAGUUAAUGAACAGUGCUGAUGUUGCAAAGCAUUCUUUAUCAACCCUGGGAAGUGCAAAUUGUUUUGUAGAUUCAUUGUAUGAUGGAUUGGAUUUUGAUUGUAACGUGUCUAGGGCCAGGUUUGAACUUAUCUGUUCCUCACUUUUUAGUAAGUGUGUAGAAGCAAUUAAAAAGCUGUUGCAGCAAGUUGGAUUUACAGCAGAUGAUAUUAAUAAGGUAGUUCUUUGUGGUGGGUCUGCUCGAAUCCCGAAGCUACAGCAACUGAUCAAAGAUAUUUUCCCAACUGUUGAAUUACUGAAUUCAAUUCCUCCAGAUGAAGUUAUUCCCAUUGGUGCAGCCAUAGAGGCAGGAAUUCUACUAGGGAAAGAAAAUCCUUUAUUAGAAGAAGAAGCACUUUUUAUUGAGUGUUCUGCCAAAGAUAUUCUUCUUAAGGGAGUAGACGAGUCAGGGGCUGACAAAUUCACAGUGCUGUUUCCAUCAGGGACACCACUGCCAGCUCGAAGGCAGCACACCCUGCAUGCUCCUGGAAGUGCUGCUUCUGUAUGCCUUGAACUGUAUGAGUCACUGGGGAAAGGUCCUAUGAAUGAAGACUGUAAAUUUGCACAGAUUAUACUCCAGGAUUUAGAUAAAAAGGAGGAUGGCCUACAUGAUAUACUGACUGUUCUCACUAUGAAAAGGGAUGGAUCCUUGCAUGUUACCUGCACAGAUCAAGAUACUGGAAAGUGUGAAAUCAUCACUGUUGAAGUGGCAUCGUAGUCUUUCAAAAAGGAACAUUUUUCUAAGUUGAUUUUUGUCUCUUGGCUUUUCUACCAAAGUGGUGACUCUUUGAGAUGUCUUUUAGUCGUCUAAGAAUCAUUAUAAACUCAAACAAAACAUAAAUUUGCCACCAAGUCUGGAGUGGAAAGUGUGAUGCAAAGUGUUAAUCAGGACAUCCAGACACUGGAGCACUGAAUUACCAGCACUGGAUUUAAAAAAUGCAAAGGGUAAAUCCUUGUGCCUCUGGUUUAGCAACAAGUGUAUUACAUGGCCUAUAGAGAUUUUUCCUUGACCUGGUCAGGUUGUGUAUGUAUCAGCCAGUGUAUCUAUGGCUUCAGGAGAUUAGGAUUUGAACCAGUAAGAGCUAGACUGGAGAAAAUCCACUCUCUUAAUUGUACCAAAUUGUACUGAAAUCCUGUGUGGUCUUUGCCUUAAACUGUGGAGGUGAUGCCUAUUUGCGCUGUCCUCUUGAGCAGGAUUUCUUUUUUUUCUUGAUUUUAAUACAAGAUGGUUUUGUGGUGUCACCUCCAAAAUGUGAGUUAAGGGUUAUAUGUGCUUAUUUAUGUUUAUUAAUAAAAAGACAUUUUUUAUGUAGA